AUGUUUGAGAAAACAAACGCACGUGAAUAUCGCAUCGCUCUCGGGUUCCUGAUCAGCUGGUCGGCCGCCACGUGGGCCUCCGGGCCUGCUGCGGCGGCGCGGCCGGUUGAGGCCGGGCUCGGCCCGGCCCGCGACGGCUGGCCGCCGACGAGCACGCUCGCGCUGCUCGUCAAGAUGGCGGCGGCUAGGGCGGCGGUGGCGAUUGCGGCGACAAAAGUUCAGUCGUACAGCGCUCAGGCGUCUAAGACUGGUGCCUCAUAUGCUGCCUCCCUGCGGAUGCUCUACCUCGAAUUCUUCUACCCCCACGACUCGGAACGCGAAUGCAUUCGUGGCAUCCUAUGGGUCGUCCAGAGUAUCGACCUCUGGCUUGUCAGUCGCGGUCACUUGAUGACCCCCAUGAAGUACAGCGAUCGCCAUCUCGCUGGCCUCUGA